AAAUUUAAAAAUAACUAAAAUAAUUGAACAAAAAUUCAAUGCUAAUACCUAGCUCCAAUCCCAAAUCCAUGGAAUGUGUAGAGUGGUCAGUGGUAAUCCUAAUACCUCUCCACAUGGAGUAGCAAUAAAACACUUCAAUGCUCCACUAAUCUGUCGGUAGUCGGUAGUGUCAACUUCUUUGAUCUUGUUUUCUUCUGUUUCAUCUUGAUCUUGAUCUUGAUCUUCAGGUUUCUAAUUAACAUGACAUGUCAAGGAGGGAGAGAUUGUUACAGAGUGAUUAGAAAAUGUAACGCGGCUGCUUCCCCCUCAAUCACCAUCAUCACGCUAAUUUCAGUCAUGGCUGCUGUCUUGAUCCUGAUCAAAGACAUAACUUUCACAGCCAGAAUCACUCUCAGGUGGCCUCCUGAAUAUCUCCAUAUUAUUGGAGUUGGAGGACGCUCAAGCACCCACCCCAACCCCACAGUUGUCAAAAAUGGAGAAGUAGAAGUAGAAGAAGAAGGGGUUGCGUUGGGGUGUGACUUGUCCAAGGGAAGAUGGGUGUUCGACGAUGUGACGAGGCCGUUGUACAAGGAAGAAGACUGCAGGUUUCUGACAGCUCAGGUGACGUGUAUCCGAAAUGGGAGAAAGGACACCAUGUAUCAGAAAUGGAGAUGGCAGCCCCAUCAAUGUUCUUUGCCCAGGUUUAAAGCAAGAGUCCUGCUGGAGAAGCUGAGGGGGAAGAGGAUGAUGUUUGUGGGGGAUUCACUGAACCGGAACCAGUGGGAGUCAAUGGUCUGUUUGCUCCAAUCCGCCGUCGCUCCGCACAAAGCUUCCUGGAGGGUCGGGGCCCCACUUUCCGUUUUCUCUCUCCAGUCCUUUUGCAGGCAGCCACAAACAAUCCUUUCGUUGUUCAUCAAAUUGCAGGAGUACAAUGCGACAGUUGAGUUCUACUGGGCCCCUUUUCUGGUAGAAUCAAAUUCGGAUGACCCACGAAAUCACUCCGCCAUCGCCCACCGAAUCAUUGCGCCGGACUCAAUCUCCAACCACGGCCUCCACUGGAAGCCUGCGGAUUUCCUCGUCUUCAACACCUACAUUUGGUGGAUGAAUCGCCGCACCAUUAAAGUCUUACGAGGAGGAGGGCCGCUGGCUGAUCAUGGAUCAGCAGCAGCAGCAGCAGAAUUCGACGAACUCGAACGUGUCACAGCAUAUGAAAGAGUAAUGACAACGUGGGCAAAUUGGGUAAAGCAUAACAUCGACCACAAUCGCACAUCGUCCUUCUUCGUCACCAUGUCUCCAGUUCAUCAGGAGAGCUCAAACUGGAAUGGUCCAAAGGGGAUGGGGUGUGCCCUGGAGACUGUCCCCAUCAUCUCAAUGUCAAACUCAAACUCAAAUGCAAGUCUGAGCCUGAGCCUGAACAUGGGCACUGACAGGCGGCUCCUGGAAAUCACGAGGAGGGUGAUCAAUGCCACAAGAAUCCCGGUGAGGUUGAUCGAUAUCACGACGCUGUCUGAGUACAGAAAGGAUGCGCACACGUCGGUAUAUACAAUCCGGCAAGGAAAGCUCCUGACGCCGGAACAAAAGGCUGAUCCUGCAACCUACGCGGAUUGCCUGCACUGGUGCGUCCCAGGACUCCCCGACACCUGGAAUCAACUGCUCUACGCUCACAUCAUUGCCAAUGCCAAUGCCAACUGCUCCUCUUGAAUCAUUCAAUCCAUAUAUACCCUGCACUUCCCAAUACAUACACCCACAUUAACUAUUAAUGUCGAAACUUUCAUACUUUAGUAAUUGGGUUUGGGCUUUAAUCACUUGGCUACUAUUGGGUCUGAUAAACAGCUUGGUUUAGGCUUAAUUCAUUUUAGUUUAAUGGGCUUAGGUUGAUCUUGGGCUCAAAACUUGGCCCAUGUAUUAGGUUGUGCUGUCUUGCGUCUUGUCCACAAUUAGUUCCGCUGACAUACGAGAAUAAUCAUAUAUCCAUUUUUUUAAAAAAAAACAUAUAAAAUUAUUUUUGAUUUGUAAUAUUCUUAAACUUCUGUAUAAAUAUAUUUAUUAAUGCCAAACCAAAAACAUGCAAAAUUA